AAACAAGAUGUCAGCGCCCGCGUUCAGAGAAGUGCAAUACACAGGGAAGGAUGCUAUGCCUACAUGCUUCCUAAUGAAUGCAUCAUUUUGACAGUACACUAACUGUUGACUACUACUGACAUAUAAGAUACCUGUGCAUUCAUCAUCAUGUCUACUGGAGGAGGGUUUGAUAUUAACAGGCUUAGAAGUCCAUACGAAAAUAACUCAGAGUGGAAAAUGCGUGAGGAAUUUCUACAGGCUCACAAUGGAUCUUACCCAGUCCAUCGUCUUCUGUGUUUAUCAAAUUGCUACAUCAAUUCCCGACUGUAUGGUUGUCGUUACCCUCCUGCCACCAUGAAAGAACUUGCAGCCUUGUCAACUGGUCUCAGAGCCACAGGCAUUGACAAAAUGAUGGGGGUGCAGAAAGUUAAGUUUGUGAAAGAGAAAGAGGAGACAAAGUUAACAAAAAUAAAUUUUGUUAAGGCAUCAGAGGACUUAGCAGUGAAGCAGGUAACAACAGGUUCAGACAAAACUUCAGUUCAAACAAUGGAUACUAUAUUAACUGAAAAUGGUGGUAAUGACAAUGCCAAACCCAGUACAACAAAAUCCACUACUCAUAGUUCAAUGACUAAAUCCAGCAAUCCAGUUGUAGCUAAAACAAGCACUCUAAGUACAUCUGUCAAAAGUAGUUUUGCAUCCCAGUGUGAGCCCAAACCAGUGGUUCACCCUCCUCCGAAACUCAAACAGAACACGCAAGCUAUGCUUGCUUUUGCUACAAAGGAUGAAUUAAAUGAGGCAGUGGAAAGGAACUUCGAGGAUAAGACUCCAAUCGAACAAAACAUAUUUGAUUUAGCCAAAGCAUUGGAAGGACUAUUAAAGAAGGAUGUCAAUAAUCUGGGGAAAAGAUUAUCUUCCAAUUGCUGCAAUGAAAACAAAAAUAGUGUUUACAUACAAGUAUAAGGAGUGCCAGCACCAAAGGGACUUCACAAGUUUGUGUGCUGUAUUAUGUAUGACUCGGUGGAAUUAGCAGAAGGAGAGGGGGGAAACAAAAAAAAAGCCAAACAAAACAGUGUAGAAGAGGCUGCAUGUAAACUUUGUAAACCAUUCUUGAAAGUUGUUAGGCUUAACCCAGAGACACAAGUUCUAAAAGCCACUGAUGAGUUCUUUCCAUCAGCCUGGAGCAUAAAUGAACAACAACCAUCCAAUAAUGCUGUAAGUGUGUACAAGGAAUCAAAUGCAACUAGUUUAGCAGCUUGUAAAAAACGGAAAUUCUUGGAAACAUCCAGUGAUCUUACCAGGUUUGUGCUCAUUGAACCUAAGGAGGCAAGAACUAGUGACAAUGCUAAAGCUGUCCUCCAGCGUAGUGCUGAUUUAAAUAAAGCUCUAUUGGAGUAUGAAUUCCAUGAUGAGGGAACAGGGGUGCGAUGUCGAGUGAUACUCGAAGGACAUAUUCUGGUGGAUUGUUUUGGUACUGGUCGCUUAACAGUGAAAUCAGCAGCUGCAGAGAAAGCCUUGGAAUUAUUAAAAAAAAUGUGCUGGACUAUAAAAGUAAAGCAAGCUGUGGAUUCAAUUGAUGCAGGUCUGAGCCGAGAUGAAAUUUUUGGCGAAAUUCAGGCACAAGUAAAAGCCAUUCCAGAAGACAACAAAGGGAGACAACUGCUGAUGAAGAUGGGCUGGACAGGUGGCGGUGUGGGAGCAGAAGGCAACAAGGGACGUGAAAUGCCUGUAGCAGAAGAAUUGUCAAAAAAUCAGAUGAUAUGUCGUGCAGGACUAGGAUCAAUUAAUUCUUCUGAGAGGGAAUUUAGAACUAAUGUACUGGAGGCAUUAGAGACUUACACAAAAUCAGGAAAACAGGAGGACUUGAUGUUCACAGCAGAGUUCACAAAAGAUGAACGAGCAUAUAUCCACCAGCAAGCACAAAAGCUUGGGCUUAAAACUCAGAGUCGUGGCUCUGGUGAGGGUCGUUACCUGACUGUUAGUCGUAGACGAUCAGCGUUCCAAUUGUUUAAUCAUUUAAUUGAAGAGGGUGGUUCUACAGCCAAAUAUGAACUGGUAGCUCCGGGACAGUGUUCCCAAACUUAAUUACCUGAUCAUGAGACGAUAGAACUGAACAUAUACAUUUUACUAUAGUGAAACGUAAUAUAGGUAGUUCUGGAAGCUGUGUUUUAAUAAUUUUAAAUUGCAUCUGUCAUUACGAAAGACCAUUUAUUUAUUUCCUCAUGGAUGAAGCAAGUGAUUCUGUGAGAUAUCAUUCAAAUAGACACCUUUAUUUGAUUUCUUUCAUGUUGUUAGAUGUUGAAAAUCAUGUUAUAUUAUAUUUUUCAUUUGAAGA